UUUUCAAGUAAAAUUAACAAUUUUAAUUAAUUUUAUUAGAUAUAUCGUUGGAAACAAAUGCUGAUACAGCUGCGUUUGUCAGUUGACAGUUUAAAUCGUGUGUAGUUUGUAUCGUUGAUCGCUGCAUUAUUUUAUCAAAGGAAAAAACGUUUUUCUGCAUUCGGUAAUGUUUAAGGUAAUUACUAAGUUGUUGGUCUGAUAAAUGAAAUUAACAUGUAAAGGACGGUUUUUUUUUCAGAUCACUUUGAAGUAAAAUUAAGAUGCACCUAUCAACAUUGGAGUUUUAAUUUUGUAUUUGUUUGCGGCAAGAUGUACCAGCCUGAACAGAACCGAAAUGAUACCAGUCAAGGUAUGCAUUUCCACGUGCAUCAGUGUAUUUGCACGAGCCCUUUGUACAAUCCCUACCGGCAGCCGCUUCUCGCGCAGUACGUCCCUCCACCUGUACCGAGACCUUACAACCUUGCUCAUUACCAAUACACCACCUACAAUAUGCCCUACAACAUCCCGGUGUUCAAUGCCAAUGCUAUAGCCCAUCAGAUCCCAUCUACCACUCCUUCCGGUAUACCAAUUCCGGAUCCUGUGGGAUCUGAAAGAAGAGAGGCGCGCGAAGUUGGUGAGAGUCUAAGGACUGCUGAGGAUGUCGAAGAUUUUGGAACAAUGCCCAAUGAUGCUAACACCGAGGACUUUACCAAGUUCUUAGAGCAGGGUUGCAUCAUAGCUGAGAAGAUUGCUAUUAGAAACCAGCAUCGGCCUUGCUUCAAGAACAUCCAGAACCUUUGCAAUCGAACCAAGAACGAGAUCUUGAAACCCAGUCACACCGUUUCCAACAUCCAUUCUCAAGGAAUACCUUGGGCAACCAAGGACUUCAUUUAUGCCUACGUGCGACUCAUCAACUGUUGGCACAUGCUCAAAGGUUACUUGCAGGCCAAAGACGGUACUUUGGGCAACAUUGAUUGUGAGUUAACAGCAGAAUUCAAGAGUUGCUACGCCGUUUGGGAGAGUCACACUAAAGAUCUGGCAGAACACAUGAUCCGGAUCUUUUCGAACCUAGACAACAAUGUAAGCAAUCCCAUUCCAAAUCAAACCUUUGUAAACCGAACGCGGGUUGUUAGACCGGUGCCCUUGGAACCCAUCGAGGUGCCGUUGCCUACAGCAACUCAACCUUUAGCAACAGAAGAGACGAAUCAGUUCUCGGAAACGACCACAGAGCCAUCCCCUCGUGAAGAAGAGUCCGAUGGUGAGUCGCGCGUCUACAUGAAGCCAGGAAGCUACAGCGUACCAAAGAAACCCAAUUCUGAUAACAGUUCACCUUCGAUAGAAUUCUUCGAAACGGCCAAAAACAUAUCGUGCCAUUACAAGAAAUUAGAAGCCAAAAAACAGAAUGAAGCUAAUGAUAGUGAUUGGAAGAAUGCCAUCACAGCUACCUCCAAUUUGAUCAAGAAGAACAGUUCGUAUUCUGGGGAUGCGGUUGAAGAUAUAGUGAGCGUGGAUAACGUUAGGAAGUGGUUGUACAGCGAUCACUUCGAUCAGCAGAACCUCGUCUACUCUCUUUCAGAUCUGAGGAGUAUUUUGCCGGAUAGACCUGUGACAGUUUUACAAAGAAAUGAAACUAAGAAUAAAGAAGAGUUGAGAAGCUUUGGUUUUGAUGAGGUUGCUAUAACCGGACUUCUGGAGGAUCUGGAGAAAACUGAUCUGAAUCAAACACUGCUCAACAAAAUGUCCAUCCACAAAGAUUCGCCGGACAAUUUGCAGAGCAUUAUACAUAAGCACAACUGUAAAAUGUACAAGACUCAAUCAGCGAUCAUACAGGAUCUUAGGAGGCUAGUCCAUCAUGCCCAAAUGAUGUUCAAUGGUGAUAUGGAUGUUCUGAAGCAGAUCAAAGUGUUUACUGGAGUAUUGGACGAUGCCCUGCAGAGAUUCCAUCCGGAAGGGACGAUGGAGGAGAUCCUCGGUCUGGACCUGAACGACGUUGACAUCAGUAUCAAUAAGGGCUAAACGGAGUUGACGAGUCAUCGACGAGACGAAAAAAAAAA